GGGCAUGAAUUUUAGAAUGACUUUACCAUGAUAAAUGGUUCAACUAUGGAGAAUGUUGACCAUGUAUAUUUACUCAUAACUACAGUAAUUAUUAGUUAAUUUGGUGUAUUUAUACUUAUCUAAUGUGACUUGUAAGUCACUGAAGCUAAGGUUAUCCAAUUGUCAAUUAGUGAGUAUGUUUUUGAUAAUUGUGUAGUAUAGUAUAGUAGUUUGAUCACGCUCGUGGUAUCAUUGCUCCAUUCAAUGCUUUUAUUUUGCCGGGCUUCGCUCCUCUCAAUUCGUAAGAAGGAGACGGGCUCAUCGUGUGUGUGGUCCCGUGGCAAAUCAAGUCGGGCUGUGCCGCCGGUCCUCGGCCUCCGUCGUGUCCCAGAACGGCAACAUAGCCGUUCAAAUCAUGAUGGCGGCUCCACAAACAUCCAUACCGUAUACGCGUUCAGUGCUCGUUGAACCAGUGUCGCUCGAGUCGCGCUUGUGUCGAGACGCGAACACGGUGUUACAAUUCGUUUUUAAUAACAUUGACAUCGUUUGAUCGUUCCAUGUUUCGAGCGGUUUAGUGAUAAACAGAAGUGAAGGAUCCGGGUGUGCAAGUGUGUGGUUAUGUGGCGGCGAGUGAUAUGACAGCGUGCGCCGCCAGACGGACUCCGGCCGUCUUCAUGAGGAUACUGGUGACAAGCCUGGCCCCGAGAUCAUGGUGGCUCCCGAUUCCGAGGCUCCUUCGAAUCCUCGGAUAGCGGGUGCCGCGCGCGAGAGCCCCUCCGCCGCCGAAGCGCGCCACACCACCGACCUUUACAUCCGCACCAGCUGGGUGGAUGCUGCUUUAGCGCUCUCAGAACUCGAAAAGGGCAACAUCGAAGGGGGUCGCACGUCGCUGUGGAUCCGGGCGUGGCUCCAGGAGCAGUUGUUCGUGCUGGGCUGCUUCCUCCAGGGUGACGCGGGGAAGGUGCUUUUCGUCGCGGUGCUGGUGCUGUCCACCUUCUGCGUGGGGCUCAAGUCCGCGCAGAUACACUCGCGUGUAGACCAGCUCUGGGUCCAAGAGGGUGGUAGGUUAGAAGCUGAAUUGAAGUACACAGCAAAAGCGUUAGGCGAAGCUGACUUCUCAACGCAUCAGCUUAUCAUACAGACAGCUAAAGAUCCCGACGCUUCGCUUCUUCAUGCCGGGGCGCUGCUAGAUCACCUAAAGGUAGUCCACGCAGCGACCCGCGUCACGGUUCAUAUGUACGACCUGGAGUGGCGGCUCAAAGACCUCUGCUACAGUCCCAGUACGCCUGACUUUGAAGCCGAGCACAUUGAAAACAUCUUCGAUAGCAUAGUACCUUGCGCCAUCACAACACCGCUAGACUGCUUUUGGGAAGGCUCCAAGUUACUUGGACCUGAUAAUCCUAUUUAUGUACCUAUAUUGAAAAAUAAGCUACAAUGGACACAGUUGAACCCGCAAGAUGUGUUAGAAGAAGUAAAGCCCUUGAAGAUACAGUUCCCCUGGAGAACAAUGGAGGCGUAUAUGAAGCGAGCUGGCAUCACCACAGCUUACAUGAGGAAGCCGUGCCUGGACCCCACCGAUCCACAAUGUCCAGAGACGGCGCCGAACAAGAAAAGUGGGCAUGUUCCAGAUGUAGCUGCGGAGUUAUCUCACGGGUGCUACGGGUUUGCGGCCGCGUACAUGCACUGGCCGGAACAGCUGAUAGUAGGCGGUGCGACAAGGAACUCCACGUCUGCCCUACGCAGUGCGAAAGCUCUGCAGACUGUUGUGCAGCUGAUGGGAGAACGAGAGAUGUACGAGUAUUGGUCAGACCACUACAAAGUGCACCAUGUUGGAUGGAACCAGGAGAAGGCAGCCGCUGUGUUGGAUGCUUGGCAGAGGAAGUUUGCGACUGAGGUCCGUAAAAUGACAACAUCAGAGGCAGUAUCACCGUCUUACAGUUUCUAUCCUUUCUCAACCUCCACACUGAAUGAUAUACUUGGCAAAUUCUCCGAACUCUCCCUCAAGAACAUUAUCUUAGGCUACAUGUUUAUGUUAAUUUAUGUUGCCGUUACACUGAUGCAAUGGAAAGACCCAGUCCGCUCACAAGCUGGAGUCGGUAUAGCCGGCGUUCUUCUACUUUCUAUCACGGUAGCUGCUGGGUUAGGUUUCUGUGCUUUAUUAGGCAUUCCGUUUAACGCUUCGAGUACACAAAUAGUACCGUUUCUUGCUCUCGGUUUGGGUGUACAAGAUAUGUUCCUUCUCACUCACACUUACGUAGAGCAGUCAGGAGAUGUCCCAAGGGAAGAGCGAACAGGCUUGGUGUUAAAGAAGAGCGGUUUGAGCGUUUUGUUGGCAUCUCUGUGCAAUGUUAUGGUGUUUCUUGCUGCUGCACUAAUGCCCAUUCCGGCUCUAAGGGUGUUCUGCCUCCAGGCUGCCAUUCUUCUCCUAUUCAAUCUCGGGUCAAUGUUAUUGGUGUUCCCUGCGAUGAUCUCCUUGGAUCUCCGCCGAAGAUCAGCAGCGAGAGCAGAUUUACUCUGCUGUUUACUUCCGGACAGUCCACUUCCGGUUAGAUCUAAGAAUAUCUCUGAAAGAUCUAAAAAUCGCAACGACAGAAACAACAAGGGGAAAUGGAAAGACACAACAAAGCAACCUUUAGAUCCGGACGAAGGAGGAAAUGUUGAAAAAACAUGCUGCCUCAGUCUUUCCCUGACAAAAUGGGCUAAAAACCAUUAUUCGCCGUUCAUUAUGAGACCUUCUGUAAAGGUCACGUCGAUGUUAGCAUUGAUAGUUCUACUGUUAGCUAGCGUAUGGGGAGCUACGAAAGUAAGGGACGGCUUAGACCUCACAGACAUUGUGCCUGAAAACACAGACGAACAUGAAUUCCUUUCGAGGCAAGAGAAAUAUUUCGGCUUCUACAGUAUGUACGCAGUAACGCAAGGGGACUUCGAAUAUCCGACGAACCAAAAAUUGCUAUAUGAAUAUCAUGAACAAUUCGUAAGGAUACCGAACAUAAUAAAGAAUGACAACGGUGGCCUAACUAAAUUUUGGCUAAGCCUUUUCCGCGACUGGUUGUUGGACUUACAAGCCUCUUAUGACAAAGAAGUUGAGAGUGGUUGUAUAACGAAAGAGUACUGGUGCAAAAACGCAAGUGACGAAGGCAUAUUAGGCUACAAACUCAUGGUGCAGACGGGACACGUGGACAAUCCCAUCGACAAAUCACUAGUUACAUCGGACACCAAAAAUGGACACAGAUUAGUAGAUAAAGAUGGCAUUAUAAAUCCGAGGGCGUUUUACAAUUAUCUAUCAGCUUGGGCGACGAACGACGCGUUAGCAUAUGGAGCUUCCCAAGGAAACUUGAAACCUCAGCCCAAAAUUUGGAUACAUUCACCGUCCGACACGGAUUUGAAGAUACCGAAGUCGUCACCUUUGAUCUACGCACAGAUUCCGUUCUACCUAUCCGGCCUCAGUGAUACUGAAAGUAUUAAACAGCUGAUAAUGUCGGUCAGAGAGUUGUGCAUAAAAUUCGAAUCGAAAGGAUUGUCUAAUUUCCCGUCUGGUAUUCCUUUCUUGUUUUGGGAGCAGUAUUUGUAUCUAAGAACAUCGCUGCUUCUAGCCUUGGCUUGCGCUUUAGCUGCUGUGUUUGUUACAGUAAUGAUUUUGUUGUUGAACGCGUGGGCCGCUGUAUUGGUUACUUUGGCAUUGGGUACCUUAGUGCUUCAGUUACUGGGUACAAUGGCACUAUUGGAUGUGAAACUAUCUGCAGUGCCCGCUGUACUUUUGGUUUUGGCAAUAGGAAGAGGAGUACACUUCACCGUUCAUUUAUGCUUGGCAUUCGUAACAUCAAUAGGCAGUAAACCGCGUCGCGCCUCUUUAGCUGUAGAAUCAGUUCUGGCUCCAGUGGUACAUGGAGCUUUGGCUGCAGCCUUAGCUGCUUCCAUGCUGGCCACCAGUGAGUUUGGCUUCGUCGCUAGAUUAUUCCUGAGGCUGCUGCUAGCGUUAGUUCUACUGGGACUUCUGGAUGGAUUGUUGUUCUUCCCGAUCAUAUUAGCGCUAUUGGGACCCGCGGCUGAGGUCCGACCUCUAGAGCAUCCUGAGCGGCUAUCCACACCAUCGCCCAAGUGCUCCCCAGUGCUGCCUCGUAAAUCCAGCUCUUCCAAAGACAGCAGCGACAAGUCCAGCCGCACCAAAUCAGCCCCCAGACCCUGCGCCCCAUCUCUCACCACCAUCACUGAAGAACCCAGUUGGCACAGUUCCGCUUCCUCCGUGCAAUCGUCGAUGCAGUCCAUCAUGGUGCAACCUGAAGUUGUGGUGGAAACUACAACGUAUAACGGCAGUGAUUCUACUUCAGGACGGUCUACGCCCACUUCGAAAGCCCACUCCGGAGCUAUUACUACGAAGGUAACUGCAACGGCAAAUAUAAAAGUCGAAGUUGUGACACCCGGCGACAGGAAAUCACGCCGGUCGUACUAUUACUACGACAGGCGGCGCGAUCGCGAUGACGACAGGGAACGAGAACGCGACCGAGAUCGGGAAAGGGACCGAGACCGCGAUAGAGACCGGGAGCGAGAGAGAGACAGGGGCGAGAGGGACAGGGAUAGAGUUGAUAGGGAUCGCGACAGGGACAGAGAGAGGUCGAGGGACCGAAGAGAUCGCUACAGAGACGAAAGAGAUCACCGCGCUUCCCCGCGGGAAAACGGACGCGAUUCCGGCCACGAAAGUGACUCCUCAAGACAUUGAAACUAGUGCUCAGACUAUUUUAUAUACCUACAGUGUCUGUUGUUACGCACCGUGUUCACACGUUAAACGACUCGAGUGAAUCUAGAGUGAAUUAAAAUAAGUAAGACGUGUUUUAAGGAUCGCAAUAUACAGCUUACACAAUGCCUUAGAACAGUAUUACGAAUGUUAUGUUAGGAAACAUUUAAUUUAUAUUUAAUACGAUACAUAGUGGAGGCUACAAUUAUUCGGUACACGGAAUUGCAAGUAUUCAAUUCACUGUUUUCUUACUAUUAUUAUUUUAUUAUUUGCAGUGUUACUGUAAUCAUUCCAUCAUUCCAUUGAACACUGUUACUGCUGUAUGAGUGUCACGAAAUUCUUCAAACUGCUGUUUGACCUAUAGGCUAAUAACGUAUUUGCAUUUUGGAGAUUGAUCACUUACAUUUAGUUGAAUCAGAACUAUACUUUUCUCAUUUUGUGUUUCAUUGUGAGCAAUGAAAUUGUGAAUUCUAAUUAGAGUAAAGACCAAAUAUGAUUUUAAGGCGUCGUUAUUGUGUAUUUCGUUUCGCGUGUUCCUAGUUUAUUUAAAGACAUUGCCACCGUGUGCUGCUCUUUGUUACAAUUAUAAUUAUCUUCUUUAAAGACUGUGGUCAUAUACUUUUAAUAAUUUAUCAUAUUAUUUAUUUAUAUUGUCUAUAAUUUUACUAUUUUAUCAUCAAAUGAGUCUCACUUCUCUUCAGUGGGUAAUCUCAGAGUUAUUGUACAAAUUAAUUAGUUAACCUUAAUGGUAAUGUAGGUAAGCGACUAUUUAUGAGAUUAUUUAGUUAUCUAAAUAUACCCUUACUGUAUUUUUGUGAUCUUUAGGUAAACUUUUAAGACUGCAUUUAACGAUCAAAACACAGUAUUCUGUGGUUAAGUAUCAUAGAAGCAAUGCGGCAUUUAUACAAUAAUCACUGGCAGAACGCUGACCUCAUUAGAGAAACAAAUUUUUAAUUAAUAGAGUUGUGACGUUUUGUGCAAAGUACUUAUUAGAUUGUAUUAUUUAUACGUACACAUGUAAGCUAAUAAUAUCCUGUAAAUAUAGGUUUAGAUGUAAUGUAACGUUACACGAUGCAAAGUGCCUGCGUAUGCGCAAAGGAGUUGAAUACUUUUGUAUCGUUUAUUUUUAUACAAUUUUAACUGACGUAAUGUCGAAAAACUAUAGGUUGUAACCUGAAUCCAAGUGUUUUAUAAGCUUUCAACGGAUAUUGAAUCUAAGUAUGUAAUUUCAAACUUAAAACUAAUCUCAGAACUACUUUCAUUGGAAAACCAUUUUUUACCAAAUCGUUUGUUUUUAUAAAUUUAAAAUAUUGAUUUAAUGUUUUGAAAUAAUGUAUAAUAACUGUUUUUCCAUAUUGAUUUAUAUCGAAUCAUCGAGAAAAUAAAUAAAGUGAAAUUAUAUAAAUUGACAGUUCUGUUGGGAAAAUAAAACAGUAUGUACCUAUUUUAC